UGGACUGAUUAGAUGUUCUGAAGAGUGGUUUUGGUUCCCUCGGGAGUUGCAGCAGUUAUUCUAGUAUUGACUCCGAAAGAUUUGAAGCAAAAAUCUGUUUCUGGUGAUGGCUACUCAGAUAUUGGAAAUUCUGAUGCAGGACCAAAUUGAAGAUGUGGCAUCGCCCAAUGCUCGAAAAUCUGGUGUAUGUUGUUCCAAUGGUAGCUCCCAAUCUGAGACAUUGAACCAGUUGCAGAAGUUAUACACAUUUAAUGAUGACCAUGCACCCAAGGCUAGGAAACCCUACACUAUAACCAAACAGAGGGAGAAAUGGACUGAGGAAGAGCAUCAGAAGUUUCUUGAAGCUUUAAGGUUGUAUGGUCGUGGCUGGUGCCAAAUAGAAGAACAUAUAGGCACCAAAUCUGCAGUUCAAAUUCGAAGCCAUGCUCAAAAAUUUUUCUCUAAGGUUAUCCGAGAUUCAAAUGGUGGCUUUGAGGGUUCCAUUAAACCAAUUGAGAUACCGCCUCCUCGUCCAAAAAGAAAGCCAGUACAUCCAUAUCCCCGGAAAUCUGUCAAUUUGAUUAAAGGAAAAGCACCAUCAGCUCAACCAGAGAGAUUGUCAACCGCCAACCGUUUUUUCAGAGAACAAGAUAACAAAUCACCCACGUCAGUUUUAUCCGAUGCAAUGGGAUCUUCUGCCUUGGAGCAACAAAAGGGAUGUUCUUCCCCAACUUCUUGUACUACUAAUCUGCAGUCGAUCAAUACAUCCCCUAUUGAAAAGGAAACUGACCAUGCAACCUCUAACUUAUCUAGGCAGGAAGAGAAAGCUUAUUUGUCGUCUGGGAAAGUAUUUGGUCAUUCAGUUGUGGAAAACAUUUUGUCCAUGAACCUCAAUGAAGAUUUCAAGGACUUUGCAUGUGCUAAAGGUGACGAUGCAGCACCAGUUGCUCCGUCCACUAGUAUUAAGCUUUUCGGGAAAACAGUUGAGGUGAAACUGAAAGAUUCCCCUAAACCUUCCAUAGGUGCAAAAAAAUUUGAGUCACAAACAUCUAAGACUGCUCAAGAGGAUAUUAAUGCUGUCAGUAAGAUGCUUGUUCAGGCAUUACCGUCGACAUGCUUAGACACAUGCUUGUCACUAGGUACAGUUAUUGAUAACUGGAGUGCUGUACCUUCCAGAGCUAAUAUAUCUCCUUACAUGGAAUUCUGCCCAGAUAAAAAUGACUCUGUAGAAUCUACCAAUGACACUCCUCUUCUGUCGUGGGCUUUUUAUCAAGGUCUACCCUUAGGGUACAUUACUUCAUUUAAUCAAACUCACACAGAUCCUGGUGUUGAAGAGAGGACAGGAGAGAUGGGCAUUCUAAAUAACAGAUCCCGUAGUGGUUCAAAUACUGGUUCGGUUAGUGAACCGGUAAAUAGGAAGGAUUCAAAUUCCGUUGAUUCCAAAAGCCAACAUCCUCGUCCCUCGCCCCAAAAAUGUAGUAAGGGGUUUGUGCCAUACAAAAGAUGUUUAGCAGAAAGAGACGUGUCAUCAUCCGUUGUGGUGUCUGAAGAGCUGAAGAGGCAACGAGCCAGAGUAUGCUCAGAGUAGUCAACUCCGUUGUUCGGAUAACGAAACGUGAAGAAGCUUUUAAACUAGUUUAGAUAGUGGGAGGAUGAAGAAAAAUAAUUAUUACAGAUGUUCCUUUCCAAAGUUUACAGGGAAAA